CCCUUACCCUGCCUCGCGCCUGCCCGGCAUGUCCGUCCGACCUCGAUUGGACGAUCCGGCGGCCCUGGUGGCAAUGCUUGAUCAGCUCUCUGCUUCCCCGGCUGUCCGCUCUGCCCUUUCUGCAAAGGGCUUUGCGUCACUGGGGUCCCUGGCCUUCGCGGUCUCCGACUGCUCGGACGCCGACGAGGUCCGCCUCUUUGUCAGAUCCACCUUGUCUAUUUCUGACACGGACGAUGCUGCCUUGGUCUCUGCCGACUCCUCUUGCUUGAGGCGUCUCCUGUUUGAGGCAUCGUCCGCAGCCCCGCCUAAGCCGGCACUGGGUUCGGGAGCACCUUCCCCCUCUCCCACACCCUCCGCCUCGUCUGCCAAGAUUGCGGUCCCUGAUCUCCUGCACUUGCGCAAAUCUUUCUUGGCGAAGUACCCUGGUGAGCUCCUUACGCCGGACUCGGCCCCGUCCGUGGAUUUCUUGUCCUUGUUAAAGAAUCACCAUGACUCACAGCAGUCACUUUGGAUUCCGUGGCGCCAGCGCACCUCCGAAUCUGAUGCUACCCGUUGGGAAGAGGCGCGUCGCCCUCGCAAUGAUCGUCAGCUGCUCCGUUCCCUGCUUGAUUCCGACGCUGAGCCAUCGUCAGCCUCGGUCAAUCUGAACAUGCAGGGCCCUCCGGAUCCGGUGCUCCGACGAUCCCUCAACCUGUUCGCGACCGCCCUCGCCAUGCUUGACCUCGUCCACCUGGCCACGAUUAAGAAGUUCAACGACCGGUUCUUGCACUUGCAUCUUCUCCAGAUCUUCGGCCCCCCUGUGCCGCUAAUUUUCCUCUGUCUGGGUCGCGCGGCUUCGCCGGUGUCCAAAUGCAUCGCACGUCUUGGGUGUGCCCGUCUGGAACCGGUCGAUCUCUUAGUGGGACCGGCGCAUGAUCUCUUGAACGACUCCACGUUCUCCAAUCUUCAGCGUCUCUGCUCUUCUGGUCUGGUUGGUGUCGCAGCGGCGGCCCCCCCGUGCUCGGCCUUCUCCCGUGCGAGACUCCGACCAUGUGGCCCGCCGCCUGUCCGCACUCUCAAUCAUCCUAAGGGUAUCCCACACCCCACGCCAUCCCAGGCAAAGGAGCUGCAAGCGUCCUCACUGCUGCACUCCCGCACUCGUUUUCUUUUGCACUUAGUCGCGUGUCGGGGCGGCCUGGUCUGGCUUGAAAAUCCGUCCUCCAGCCUACUUUGGUUGGAUCCGGACGUCACCGCCUGGUGCCGCCUCACUGCCCCCUACGUGGCCACGGUCGCUGCUUGCCAAAUUGGUCUUGCAUUGCACAAGUCCUGGUCAUUCUUCUGCAAUGACCCUGGGAUUUCUGCACUUGCAUCCGUAUGCCCGCAUCCGUUCGGGUUUCAUCCCGCGGUGUCCGGCAAGAGAGCAUCUGAUGGCUCCUUCCUUACGCGAAACACGGCCGCGUACCCGCACGCUCUUGCCCAGUCCCUGGCGGAACUGGCUUCACCCUGGCUCACGUCGGUGACCUCUCCGUCUGAGGCCGUGUCACUGGUGGACUGGCAGACUCUGCUUCCGCCACGUCUGCUUUGGCCCGAUCUCAAACAUCGGAUUGAAGAUGGCGCUGGUACAUGCAGCACGGCUCGCCCGUCCCCGGCAUCUUCCAGCGACCCCCUCCGCAAUCUUCGCGCGGCAUGGUCCCGUCGUCUGUUAAGCGAGGGCCUGGCCGUGCGCAUUGCGUCGGCUCUCAAUUCUGGGCGCCGUGAUCCGCCUCUGUCUGAGUCGGAAUUGGUUAUGGCACCACCGGCCCCGCCCGACUCUGCCAUAAUCCCCCUGCAGCAUUGUGAAUCUUCUUGGAAAUCGGCCAUUGACCACUCCGACAUAGUCGAUGAUUUGCUGCAGGAGGAAUUGGCUCAAGGGUGGAUUGCCAUUGUUCCAGGUGGUGAUGAUGAGCUCCGCCGAAAGUAUUCCGUUUCCGCAGUUGGAAAACUCGGGGUCGUCCUCUCCGAGGGCCGCCCGCCUCGCCUGGUUGUGGAUUCGUCCGUGUCCGGUGUGACUUGCCAUACGGCCCUGCCUAAUCGGUCCUGCAAUCCCACACUCACGGACGUGUUCUCGUGCAUGCCUCUGUCCGACUCUCUGGAACGCCUUGUUGCGCUUGUCUUGGACGUGGCUAAGGCACACCGCCGCAUCCUUAUCCGUCAGCAGGAUCGCGGUUUGCUCUGUUUCCGUCACAAAAAUGUGCUUUAUCAAUGCACCACCUUGAACUUCGGCGCACGGGUCUCUAGUUUUUACUGGGCCCGCGCCGCAGGCUUGCUGGUCCGUUUGGUGCACAAACUUAUCCGUGUCCGCCAUUCUGCCAAGAUCUACGUUGACGACCUGCUCUGCUUGUUGGCUCUGUCUUCCCGGCGCUGCUCCACGCAUUUGCUGGAACGCAUCACGGGGAAGCUUCUCUGGCUGUCUUCGCUUUUCCGCACGUUUCGUCCUUCACUGGCCCCGUUGUAUUCUGAUCAGCACACAUUUCUGCCCACCAUGACGGCUCUGGAUCCGCAACGGUGGAAUGACCUUCGGGCCAAGUUAUCACCGGAUCUGACCCUGCUACAUCACAUAGGCCUGGCGGCUCUGCCACCGGGCUCACGGAUUCUUCGCAUCGGCCAAUCCUGUGUGUCCUCACUGGCUGAGCUCCCUCUUCACCCGGCGGACUCCCGGCGUAUAUGGAUCCAGUCUGUGGCUCCGCACACGGGUCUCUGCGUUCUGUCAGAGGAGUCUGUGUUGGUCCUCCGCCUCUGGUUGGAUCUGGCGGAAUCUGGAACGGCUUGUCGUUCACUUAUUCGUCCGCCACGUUUUGAUUGCGAGGCGUUUGCGGAUGCAUGUGCCACCCCAACGUCCGCCGGCCUGGGUGGAUUUGUACGUCUGCCUGACGGCCGCCAACUUUUCUUCCGGAACAGCUUCUCUCGUGUUGAACUUUCUGGCUUGUUCCCCUGGUUGCCACCGGAGAGUUCCCUGCAGAGCUUCAUCUCUUCCUGGGAACUCUUGGCUCAAUGUGCAUUGCUAUACACCUUGCAUCUGCUCCUGGGCCACAGCCACUUACCGGUGCACUGCAUUUUCCGUUGCGACAACGCUGCUGCUGAAUCCAGCAGCUGGAAAGGUCUUUCCAUGGCCUCAGGUCUCUGUUCUGUACUGCGCACCUUUUUUCUGUUACAGCAGCGUUUCCGCAUUUCCGUCCACAUUGAUCACGUACCUGGCGUUGUUAAUGACGUCGCUGACGCAUUAAGCCGGUCUACCGACCCUGCCCACCUGGGUUUUCAACCGCAGGAAGAGGUACUGAUUGACUGGACCAUUUUUGCUGACAGACCUCAGCUCAGCCUGUUUCCGGACCCAUCUUUUUUCGAUGGUCUCCUUGCACCGAGUUCGAGUUCUGUACCUUGA